CCUCUGAAGAUGGGAACCUUGUCAUUGAAAAGAGAGGGGGGAUUAAUAAACCCUGCGAUAACAACGAGCGGCGAAUAAAGGAGAUCGUUCGGAGAGUCUCGUUUCUGGACUCUUGGAGACGAGGCGGAAAGGGGAAGGGGGGAAACCGACCCAGCGCCAAACCGCAACCAUAUGCCUGUGAUACGGAUGCUCCCGACGUCCCCCGAGAGCGGAGGGAAAAAAAAGAAGAAGAGACACAAUGCCCUUCCCAGACAGACGACUGGCUGCGCUCGACGCCGCCUACCCCAGAGUUGGGCUUCAGAGCGGCGGGUUCGCACAACUCAGACACAAUCGCUCUGGAGAGGAAAAGGAGGGUGGCUUCUUUUUUUUAGGAAGGGGGAAAAGGCGAGAAACCGUCCAGAUCCGUUUCUCAAACCGUCCGGGGAAAAGACGACGAGCAUCGGACGGAGAACGAGACCGAAACUUUUCCUGCCGCCUCGCCUUUUCCUCCUCAUCUUCAACAUGAAGGUCCUCUUCUUGGUACUGAGUGUCUUUUGGUCGGCGAAAGGAGACCCUCUGCCAGGAGGCAUUUGCUGGUUGCAGCAGGGCCGGGAGGCGAAGUGCACCAUGAUCCUCCGGACGGGCAUCUCCUGGGAGGAAUGUUGUGCCAACGGGAACGCCGACCGGGCCUGGUCCAAUGCCUCUCACCCGGACAACAAGAUCAGCCUCCUCCGCAUCCUUGGCCUGGUCACCUGCCAUCCUUGCAAAGAGACCUGUGAUGGGGUGGACUGCGGUCCAGGCAAGGUCUGCCGCAUGAAGCAUGGGCGUCCGCACUGCACUUGCGCCCCGGAUUGCUCGAGUCUGCCCCGGAAGCUGCAGGUCUGCGGCUCGGAUGGCUUCACCUACCGGGACGAGUGUGACCUGCUGACCGCCAAGUGCCGUGGCCACCCGGACCUGGAGGUCAUGUACCAGGGACGAUGCAAAAAGUCCUGCUUGGCCGUGGCCUGCCCGGGGACGCACACCUGCGUGGUGGACCAGACAGGGAGCGCUCAUUGUGUGGUCUGCCGUGCGGCCCCCUGCCCAGAGCCCACCGCCCUGGACCGGCCCCUCUGUGGCAACAACAAUGCCACCUACCCCUCCACUUGUCACCUGCGCCGAGCCACCUGCUUCCUGGGCCGCUCCAUCGGGGUCCGGCAUUAUGGCGGGUGCGCAGCCUCAAACAAAUCUUCAAUGGACCUAGAAGAUGAUGCUGAAGAAAAUUACAUCUAAAGCCCGCUUUCUGCUUCCUUGGCCCCAAAAAGGCAUUUGCUGCCAUUAACGGACAGUCUGGGUUUCGCCGGUAUUUAUUCCUGCAGAACAAACGGACCAACCGCCUUUAAUUUAUAUUGAUCGGCCGAGAAGGUCGCCCGAGGUCACCGAGGCUUUUCUAUGGUUCUAUGAAGUCUCUUAUAUAUGUAUAUAAUUUAAACCCAAAGCAUGUUGUUGCGCUCUGUAUGACGCAGAUCCUCUUUUUCUCCCUUGACGUCUUGCUCUCUUUCUAAUGUUUUAAAGAGCCUAUUUUAUAUAUAUUUUUGCUA